CAAAACAAACCAACCUCUACAAACACGCCAAUAAUCCAGGAUUAGAUUUUGUUUCCAGUUUUAAAACCUAAAAGCUCCUGGUUUAAACCGGAAAAGUCGACUUCAGUCAUGACGACGACUUUCCCAGAUUGUGCUUCUACUACUACUGCUGCUGCUGUUCUUCCUGUUAUCCAUCUUUGGAAACCCCAAUAAAAAAAAAACCCAGUUUUUGGAUUUUCUGCCACCCCCAAAUUGACUAUCUUUCUUCAAGUUACGGUAAAACCCAAUUUUAAUGGUCAUUUCCUUUUUUUUUUGGGUUAUUUUAUUGUUUUAAGGCGGUUGUUUCAACAUCUUAACUAUUAUGCACGAGGCUUGAUGAUGGGGAGAGGAGUGGCUUGGGGGGUCCACAGACAGGAAAGGCGGUGAUCGAUAUCUUGUGGGUUUUCCAGGAGAUAUGGGAUUGGGAGCUUGUGUUGGCACGGUCGGGAAUUUCUUUGCUUCUUCCCACCUUUUUAACUUGCUUAUUAUUAUUCUUAUUUUUCCCAGUUUUGUUAAACUUGGGGAGGUUUUGGAUCCGAAGUGAAUUGGGCAUUUUGUUUUUGUUUUUUGUUUUUUUGCUUUUCUGCUGCCGCUUCUGCUUCUUGAGCUUUACAAGUGACAAAUGUCUACUUCAAGACCCAGCCAUUCAUCUAGCAACUCGGGGCGAUCGAGGCACAGUGCUAGGAUUGUUGCUCAAACAACUGUUGAUGCAAAGCUUCAUGCAGAGUUUGAGGAGACGGGUAGUUCCUUUGACUACUCGAGCUCAAUUCGUGUAAGCAAUUCGACUUCUGCAGAUCAACAACCAAGGUCUGACAAAGUAACGACUGCAUAUCUGCAUCACAUACAGAAAGGAAAGUUGAUCCAGCCAUUUGGGUGCUUGCUAGCAUUAGAUGAGAAAACUUUGAAGGUCAUUGCAUACAGUGAGAAUGCUCCGGAAAUGCUGACCAUGGUCAGUCAUGCCGUCCCAAGUGUCGGGGAUCACCCUGUUCUAGGCAUUGGAACUGAUGUGAGGACAAUUUUUACUGCUCCCAGUGCCUCUGCGUUGCAAAAGGCCUUGGGAUUUGGAGAUGUUUCUCUCUUAAAUCCCAUAUUAGUUCAUUGCAAGACCUCAGGAAAGCCCUUUUACGCGAUUGUACAUCGCGUAACUGGUAGCUUGAUCAUUGACUUUGAGCCAGUUAAGCCUUACGAAGUUCCCAUGACAGCUGCUGGAGCGCUGCAGUCAUACAAACUAGCAGCUAAAGCAAUUACGCGGUUGCAAUCUUUGCCUAGCGGGAGCAUGGAAAGGCUUUGUGAUACAAUGGUCCAAGAGGUCUUUGAACUCACUGGCUAUGACAGGGUGAUGGCCUAUAAAUUUCACGAGGACGAUCACGGGGAGGUGGUCUCCGAAAUAACAAAACCUGGUCUGGAGCCGUAUCUGGGUUUGCAUUACCCAGCCACUGAUAUUCCUCAAGCUGCAAGAUUUUUAUUUAUGAAAAAUAAAGUUCGCAUGAUAGUUGAUUGUAAUGCAAAACAUGUUAAGGUGUUUCAGGAUGAGAAGCUUCCGUUUGAUCUAACCUUGUGUGGUUCAACUUUAAGGGCUCCACACAGUUGCCAUUUACAGUACAUGGAUAACAUGAAUUCUAUUGCUUCUCUUGUCAUGGCAGUAGUAGUCAAUGAGGGAGAUGAUGACGAUGACAGCCCCAACUCUUCGCAGCCACAAAAGAGAAAGAGACUCUGGGGUUUAGUUGUGUGCCACAACACAAGUCCGAGAUUUGUUCCUUUCCCUCUCCGGUAUGCCUGUGAGUUUCUAGCUCAAGUAUUUGCCAUCCAUGUGAAUAAGGAAUUAGAGUUAGAAAAUCAGAUUGUUGAGAAGAACAUUUUGCGGACGCAGACUCUAUUGUGCGAUAUGCUGAUGCGUGAUGCACCCUUGGGUAUCGUGUCACAGAGCCCAAAUAUAAUGGAUCUAGUGAAAUGUGAUGGGGCUGCUCUAUUAUACAGAAACAAGGUAUGGAGACUUGGAAUUGCUCCAAGUGAUUCCCAGCUUCAUGACAUAGUCUUGUGGCUCUCUGAGCACCACAUGGACUCCACUGGUUUGAGUACAGAUAGCUUGUAUGAUGCGGGCUAUCCUGGGGCUCAUGCUCUAGAUGAUGUAAUAUGUGGGAUGGCAGCAGUGAGGAUAACAUCCAAGGACAUGAUUUUCUGGUUCCGGUCCCACACUGCUGCAGAGAUCCAAUGGGGUGGUGCGAAACAUGAGCCUGGUGAGAAGGAUGAUGGAAGGAAGAUGCAUCCACGAUCAUCGUUUAAGGCUUUUCUAGAAGUUGUCAAGACAAGGAGCUUUCCUUGGAAGGACUAUGAGAUGGACGCAAUUCAUUCUUUGCAGCUUAUUCUGAGGAAUGCAUUCAAAGAUACUGAAGCCUUGGAUUCAAACACCAUGACUAUCAAUACAAGGCUCACUGACCUAAAAUUUGAGGGGAUGCAAGAACUUGAAGCUGUGACGAGUGAGAUGGUCAGGUUGAUCGAGACAGCCACAGUGCCAAUUUUAGCAGUAGACAUUGACGGAGUGGUCAAUGGGUGGAACACAAAAAUUUCUGACCUGACUGGUCUUCCCGUGGAGCAAGCAAUUGGAGCACAUUUAUUGACACUUGUGGAAGAUUCAUCAACCGAGGUGGUCAGAGUGAUGUUAGAGCUGGCAUUGCAAGGUAAAGAGGAGAGGAACAUUCAAUUUGAGAUUAAAACACAUGGUUCUAGGAGCGACUCUGGCCCCAUCAGCUUGGUAGUGAAUGCUUGUGCAAGUAGGGAUCUUAACGGAAAUGUCGUUGGAGUGUGUUUUGUGGCCCAAGAUCUUACUGCUCAGAAGACUAUGAUGGACAAGUUCACUCGAAUUGAGGGUGAUUACAAAGCAAUUGUACAAAACAGAAAUCCAUUGAUACCUCCAAUAUUUGGUGCUGAUGAAUUUGGCUGGUGCUCUGAGUGGAAUCCAGCAAUGACAAAGAUAACCGGUUGGAAACGGGAAGAGGUAAUCGACAAAAUGCUUUUGGGAGAAGUUUUCGGGGUCAGCAUGACGUGCUGUCGUCUCAAGAAUCAAGAAGCUUUCGUGAACCUUGGUGUUGUACUCAAUAAUGCGAUGACAGGUCAGGAAUCUGAAAAGGUUCCUUUUGGUUUUUUUGCCCGGAAUGGAAAAUACAUCGAGUGCUUACUCUGUGUGAGUAAGAAAUUGGAUAGGGAUGGUGCGGUCACUGGGGUCUUUUGCUUCUUGCAGCUUGCUAGCCUAGAGCUGCAGCAAGCGCUUCAUGUCCAGCGCUUAAUGGAACAAAUUGCUACAAAGAGAUUGAAAGCAUUAGCUUAUAUUAAGAGGCAGAUCCGUAAUCCAUUAUCUGGAAUUAUUUUCUCUAGGAAAAUGAUGGAGGGUACUGAGUUGGGAUUAGAACAGAAACAGCUUCUGCAUACUAGUGCCCAAUGCCAGCGUCAGCUCAGCAAGAUUCUCGACGACUCUGAUCUUGAUAACAUCAUAGAAGGCUAUUCAGAUCUAGAAAUGGUUGAGUUCACUCUGCAUGAGAUACUGGUUGCAGCUACCAGCCAAGUCAUGAUGAAAAUCAAAGCAAAGGGAAUCAGAUUAGUUGAAGAUGCAUCAGAAGAGACCACGAAUGACACCUUAUAUGGUGAUAGUCUUAGACUUCAACAAGUCUUGGCUGAUUUCCUACUCAUAUCAGUCAACUUUACACCAAAUGGAGGCCAAAUUGUCAUUGCUGCCAAUUUGACCAAAGACCAUUUGGGAGAGUCUGUUCAUCUUGUGCGCCUAGAGCUAAGGUUAACACACACGGGUUCGGGGAUACCGGAAUCGUUGCUGAACCAGAUGUUUGGAACCGAUGGAGACGUAUCUGAGGAGGGCAUCAGCCUGCUGAUCAGCAGAAAGCUGGUGAAGCUCAUGAAUGGCGACGUACAGUAUCUCAAGGAAGCAGGCAAGUCAACCUUCAUCAUAUCUGUUGAACUUGCUGCAGCCCACAAGUCCCGGGCCUUCAUAAAAGAGGGAAAAUGAUGAAGAAUCCAACUUUACAAGGUUUGCAAAGGAGAGAGAGAGACAGCAAGAGAGAGUCUAACGCUGUACUUUGGAACGUUAAUGUUAGUUUUUAUAUGUACUCACCAGUCCCAUGACCCAUCGAUAUUGGCUUUGAAAUGUAAAUAUGUAUGUGCCAUCACGUUUAUGCU